GCAGCAUGAUGCUUGAACUGGAGCAGCGGGUGCGUGAGCUGGAGACCUGGACAGAAGGGAAAGCUGUGAUUGUGCAGGGAGCUGCUGGAACCUUCUGCUCUGGAUCCGAUCUCAAUGCAGUCAGAGCCAUAGCAAACCCACACGAUGGCAUGAAGAUGUGCGAGUUCAUGCAGAACACUCUCACAAGACUCCUCAGGCUGCCGCUCAUCUCAGUGGCGCUGGUGGAGGGAAGAGCGCUGGGUGGAGGAGCAGAACUCACCACUGCCUGCGACUUCAGGUUGAUGACGUCUGAUGGUGUUAUCCAGUUUGUCCAUAAGCACAUGGGUUUGGUACCCGGAUGGGGAGGAGCUGCAAGACUAGUUCGUAUUGUUGGCAGCCAGAAUGCCCUGAAACUGUUGAGCGGCGCUAAAAAAGUUGAUCCAGACUUUGGAAAACAGAUGGGACUGGUUGAUGAGGUGCUCCAUUGCUCUUCUGGCGAGGGAAAUGCACUGGCUCACGCCGAGCAGUGGCUGAGUCCGUUCAUUAAGGGCCCGGCCCCAGUGAUCCAGGCGGUGAAGAGGGUUGUUGUCUCGGGAAGAGAGCUUCCUCUGGACGAAGCCCUUCAAACGGAGAGAAGUGUGUUUGGGACAGUAUGGGGCGGCCCGGCCAAUCUCGAGGCUCUGGCUUUAAAACCUAAACAUAAGUGACUGCAAUCAUCAUCGCUGCACAACAUUAAAACUGUUUCAAAUAUGCUUGAAGAACUUUAUGUUUUCAGAUCAGUAGAAGUAACCGAAAACUUCCUGGAUUGCUUUUGCGGAGUUCAUGUCAACUUGCGCAUGCACACAUUAGUAUAUUAAUAUCUGAGUGCUGUAUCUUUCAAAGCUUUGUGAUUGCAAGAAUCUAUGCACAUUAAUGCAGUCCUUUAUUGUAGUGUACACUUUUGUCUUUUUCUGCAUAAAGGAUAAACCUGAGGGGAAAAUAAAGCAGUAUCGGCUAAUUAAAAUCCAUGAAUCCAGGGUGAAUCAAACGCAAUGUUCACAUUUUGAAUUGUCCUGCAUCGCCAUGUCUCAUUGUGGACAUAUAAAAAAAUAACUUGCA